CAUUCUAGACCACGCCUCGGUCUUGGCUGUGUGUUUUUGAUUUCCCUGCUUCCUCCUUGCUCUGAUUCAACAUAGCGUCACGUCCUCUUUUCCAAUCUUCCUCAACCUUCCAUUCUCCCCAUCGCCUUUUCAUUCCGCCCUUGAACGCCACAAAGUCUGGAACUGGGUUGGCCGGAUUUGACUACCGAUUUGUUACCCUGUCCCAUUCCCUCUAUGACCUGCCUGGGUGCACACGGGCCUUUCCUUGAGAUCUGCCAGGCUCUUCGCUCGCCUGUUUCGACAUUGGUCAUCCCAUCGUUUGCUCCUUUGCACCCAUUGCUGUUAGGAAAAGAAGCAAGACAAACGAGGAGAAGCAGAUAUAAUCCAGCCAACACGCUCUCUGUCGCGCAUCGACAGUAAUCAAGGACCAAAACAGGCUGUGGCAAGGACAAACCACGAUGAUGGUUUCUUCGCUGCGGUCCUCUCUGGCGGCAGCCCUGGCCUUCUCGGCGGCAGUCCUGGCGAGCCCGUCUGGAAUAGACGCCAGACAAGCAUCGACGGCUUGUAAUAACUCGCCAGAGCUCUGCAGCCGGGCCUACAACACCAUAACUCACAUGGGGGGCCACGACAGCUCAUUCCUGAGAGACGCCUCGACGGGAAACUCGUUGGCAGGCAACCAGUUCCUGAACGCCACCAUCGCCCUCUCGGCCGGGCUCAGGCUUCUCCAGGCGCAGAUCCAUGUAGAGAAUGGCGCCCUGAAGCUCUGCCAUACCGCCUGCUCAAUCCUCGAUGCCGGGCUGCUGUCGGAUUGGUUGGCUGCUAUCAAGUUCUGGAUGGAUAGCAACCCGAACGAGGUGGUGACGUUGCUUCUCGUCAACUCGGACAACGCCGACGCCGCCACCUUUGGAGUUGCCUACGAGAAGUCGGGCAUCUCCAAAUAUGGCUUCGUCCAAGCCUCGGCCUCGGCAACCGGCAACUGGCCGACGCUCCAGUCUAUGAUCAGCGCCAACACCCGCCUCGUCUCCUUCAUCGCCUCCAUCACGCCAAACCCAACGUACCCGUACCUGCUAAGCGAGUUCACCUACGUGUUCGAGACUGAGUUCCUCGUCACCACAGCCACGGGCUUCAACUGCAGCCUCAGCCGGCCGGGGUCGGCGGGCACGGCCGCCUCGGCCAUCUCGCGCAAUAUGAUGCCGCUGAUGAACCACUUCAAGUACGCCAGCCUCUCGUCCUCGAUCCAGAUCCCUGCCGUCAGCGACAUCGAUACCACCAACUCGCCUGACACCGCCAAGGCCGGCGCCCUGGGGCUCCACGCGGCGACCUGCAGGAAGGAAUGGGGCAUCAGGCCGACGUUUGUGCUCGUUGACUUCUUUGACAAGGGCCCCGCCGUCGACACGGCCGACGCCAUGAACUCCAUCACCCCGACAGGUCGCAAGGCCGCGUCUGCCGCCGGCGGCGCCAACGGCAAGAGCGAGGGCAACCAGUCCAAGACGCGCCUCAGCAUGGGGACCGGCGCCCUCGUUGCCUUUAUGGCCGCUGCGGUGUUCAUGUUCUAGGCAGGAAUAGAACUGGACUACGCCAGCUAGUUGAUGGCAGUAGCCGGCCUGUUGCAGCCUCUUCUCUCGGUCUUGGAACAGACGGAAACGAGCCUUGGUGCGAAGAGAAGGGUAGCCUUGCAGGAUAUAUCCUCUUCCUUUGUCAUCGUUGAUUUCACGCCCUUUGCUUUUUACUCUUUUCGUUGUAAUCCCUCCUCUUCUUGGCAAACUCACAUAGCGGCGGCGUUCGUUUUACUGGGCUACAGAACCUUGGAUAGCAUCCUAUCCUGCGAUCUCUAUUGGAUAUAGCGCUUCGGUGUUGCUUGAUACAUGAUCCACAACCGAGACUUGUUACAUGUAGUUUAUGAAAAACUGCGGGACGGGUGCACACUCUCCCAUGCAGACUUGACCUUUCCCGUCCGCUCAGUUGCCUCCCAUCUGUUCUUGUCCAGG